GAGAUAUGGGUCCUAGGUAAUCAAGGAUUUGUUUACGACACUCAAAGACAAUAUACGUUAAACAUAGAGUGUGCUGACCAGCGAAGAAGUGAUUCGGGAGAGUUUUACGUUUACAUUCUUCGAAACAUGCCUCCAUACUUCUCUAAUCUUCAAGAUAAAACUACUGUUUCGUCACAGACAUCAGCUGCUGGUCAGAUCAUUUAUACUGUACAAAGUGUGGAUCCAGAGAGUGAUAAUGUACAAUAUUCUUGGUCAUCUAACACUACAAAUACGCCUUUUACAAUCGAUCAAAAUACUGGUGAGAUAUCUCUUACACGCUCUAUAAAUACUGAACUUGUAGCAGGAUAUGAUUUGUACAUAAGUGUAUCAGAUGGACGAAAUAUGGUUGCUGCUCGAUCAUUAACAGUUCGUAUUACAGAUAUUAAUUUUCCUCCUUCAUUCCAAGCUCCAUCGCAGAUAAUAACUGUCUUCGAAGGUAUACAUUCUGGAUCGUCCAUAUUUCAACCGACAAUUACAGAUGAAGACUUGUUGGACAAUCACACGUUUUCUGUCAUAUAUUCUCCACCAGAGGGCGCUGUUUAUUUUAAUGUUGAUAAAUCAACCGGAUUAAUAAGAUCUGUAUAUGACAUUGAUUACGAGACGAUUUCAUUCAAGUCAUUUUUGUUGAUAAUUAGUGGUUCCGAUUCGUUGUUGGAAGAUACUACCAACAUAACUUUGAAUAUACAGAACGUCAACGAGCCUCCAGUGUUUACAAAGACGAAUUACUCACUUACACCUUCAGAAAACACUGAUGGUACCGCUCUUUAUGGUCCGUUUUAUCAGUAUACAGAAGAAGAUGGUGACGCUGUAAAAUUUUCCCUUGACUGUGGUGUUGACACAGGCCGAUUUGAUAUUGAUUCUUCCACAGGUCUCCUGUCGUAUUCAGCAGACUAUGAUCUGGACAUGGUCGGUACAGCAUCUCAGGUGAACUGUAAUGUUUCUAUCAGUGAUAAUGAAUAUACAGAUAUGGCCUACAUUAAUAUAACUAUAUCGAAUGACAAUGACAAUGCACCAGUAUUUACCUAUAGUAGAUACACGUUCUAUAUACCAGUUACUUCAAGUGUUGGGUCAUUUGUCGGACAGGUACAAGCAAUUGAUAAUGACAUUGGAAGUUAUGGAAAUAUCUUUUACCAUAUUGCGCUUACAGACUUCAACUAUGGUUUAUUUCGUGUAGACGAAAAUGGUUCGAUAUUUGUCAGCAAAAGUUUGACUCAGUAUACCGAAGGCUCCGUUUUAAAUCUAACGAUUUAUGCUGUGGAUAUUGGAAGCAGACAGGCUUCAACGUUGGUUGAUAUUGUAUUUCCAACAAGUUAUGUAACUCGUGUUCCCCAAGGAAAUGAUAUACAGUACUUAACAUUCUUCCGAUAUUCUCCAAAUAUGGCUUGGUUUGUUCCUUUAAUGUUUGUGCUUUUCGUCACCGUCUGUGUUGUUACAAACACAAUAUACACAACUAACUGUACAAAUUUGAAAAAACAUAAGCAAGACGAAACGGAAAAGACCAAUGAGAUCAUUAUAAAAUAUUAAAUGAACAAAGACAAUAUCUAUGUUUUAUUACCAAUGACAUCAUUAUAAAAUAUUGAAUGAACAAUAUGUAUUCAUGAAUACUCUAUGUUUUAGUAAGACGGAAAGAGGCGUUCAUUAAAAAUACUUUGAGUG